UGUUCUUCUUCUCCUAGCUGAUGCUAGCUCAUCAAUGGCUAAACUCUUCUUCUUUAAUCUCUCUCCUUUGACUUUUUAUUUCCUCUCAGAAUUUCCAUGGCGAAUCGUUGCUUUCUUCUUCAGGUACCUAAACAAGUAGCUUUGAGUUUCAAAUAGUUUCUUUUUUUGUUUUUCUAUGGAUCAUAGAAAUGGAUUUUCGGAUUCGAACGAAAUCAGUAACAACAACAGCACCACGUGCUGUAUCGUCCCCGCCGCUGCGACAACCACCUCCGAAACACUUGUUUCGUCGGAACCGUUGAACACUCCGGACGUCGCCGCUCUUCAACUCCUCUCCAAGAACCUCGAGUCCCUUUACGAAUCGACGGAUUCCGAUUACUUUUACUCCGACGCAAAAAUCGCGCUAUCUUCCGGUCGGGAGGUGGCCGUUCACCGGUGCAUUUUGUCAGCGAGGAGUUCGGUGUUUAAGACCGUGUUCUCCGGGCUGAAAGAUAGUGGAGCUAAGUUUGAGCUCAAAGAGUUGGCUAGAGACUAUGAGAUCGGCUAUGAUUCGCUUGUUGCCGUUCUGGCUUACUUGUAUACCGGAAAAGUUAAAUCGUUGCCUAAAGGCGUUUGCCUUUGCGUAGACGAUGGUUGUUCGCACGUUGGAUGUAGACCGGCCCUUGAUUUCAUUGCUGAAGUUUUAUAUGCAGCGUUCGUUUUUCAGGUCCCUGAAUUAAUUGCUCUUUAUCAGAGACAUCUACUGGACAUCAUCGACUGGGUCGCCGUAGAUGAUAUCUUGGUGGUUCUUUACAUUGCAAAUAUGUGCGGCAAUGUUUGUGAAAAAUUGGUGUCAAAGUGUGUAGAAAUCGUUGUGAAAUCCGAUGUUGAUAUUGUAACACUCGACAAAGCCUUGCCUCAACCCAUUGUGAAACAAAUCAUUGAUUCCCGUCUGGAACUCAGUUUAGACAAGCCCGAGAACGUAGGUUUUCCCGAUAAACAUGUGCGGCGGAUUCAUCGGGCGCUGGAAUCGGAUGACGUCGAGUUAGUUCGAAUGCUACUGAAAGAGGGUCAUACGAAUUUAGACGAAGCAUAUGCGCUUCACUACGCUGUGGCAUACUGUGACGCAAAGACCACGACUGAGUUGCUCGACCUUGGACUCGCUGAUGUUAACCAUAGGAACUCGAGAGGGUACACAGUGUUGCAUGUUGCCGCGAUGAGGAAAGAGCCUAAGAUUAUAGUUUCUCUUUUAACGAAAGGUGCACGACCAUCCGAUCUCACUAUCGAUGGUAGAAAAGCUCUUCAAAUAUCGAAGCGGCUCACCCGGGCUGCCGAUUACUAUAAAUCGACCGAGGAAGGUAAGGCUUCGCCGAAGGACAGGUUGUGUAUAGAGAUACUAGAGCAAGCUGAAAGAAGAGAUCCAUUGCAUGGUGAAGCUUCUUUGUCUCUUGCCAUCGCUGGUGAUGAUCUUCGGAUGAAGUUGUUGUAUCUCGAAAAUAGAGUUGGGCUAGCGAAACUUUUAUUCCCAAUGGAAGCUAAAGUUGUGAUGGAUAUAGCUCAAGUGGAUGGAACAUCGGAGUUCACAUUUGCUACCAUCAAUUCCAAUAAAUUAAAUGGUGCUCAAACAACAGUGGACUUGAAUGAGGCACCUUUCAGGAUUCAAGAGGAGCAUUUAAAUAGACUCAAAGCACUUUCCAGAACAGUGGAACUCGGGAAGCGAUUUUUUCCUCGUUGCUCCGAAGUGUUGAACAAGAUCAUGGACGCGGACGACCUAUCGCAGCUAGCUUGCGGAGGGAAUGAUACCGCGGAGGAACGAGUGGUUAAAAGGCAGAGAUACAUGGAACUCCAAGACGUACUAAGCAAGGCAUUCCAUGAAGAUAAAGAGGAGUUUGACAGGUCAGCCAUCUCCUCUUCAUCUUCAUCAAAAUCCAUAGUUGUGACCAGGCCUAAAGGUACAGCUCACUGCUAGAACUAAUAGUAGUAGUGGCAAAACGCUUAAAAACCAGAAAAGCCUAAUACAAUCCUUUUAUAGUUUGUAGCACUAGUAAUUUUCUUCCCUAAGGUAUAAUACUAGUAAUUUAUAAAAAUCAAAUCUUGAAUUGUGUAUUUUGGUUUUGGUAAUAGUUUUAUUUAUCAACUUAGGCUUUAUUAGCAGAAGAAAAUAAGUUAAAAGUGAAAAUUUGUAGAAUUUAGUUAUGAUAAUUCCUAGCGGUUCGAUCUAGUUUAUAUCGUUAUGGGCCGAGCAGCCCGCCCAUCUUGGUAGGUCUUGGACAGAAAAUAAAGAAAAAUAUCUUUGUUGUGCUUAAAA